UCCCUCACGGGACUAUCAGUAGUCAUGUCUGCUCCAGCAGUGUUCAAAUUCACUGGAACUGCUUGUCCAGAGCGUCAUCUUGAGGCUGCAGAGAUUCUAGGUGCUGACAUCUCCAAUGCCAACAGGGCUGAUGCAGGUGCCAUCUUGGCAGACACUGUGCGAGGCUACAUGCAGGUGAUGAAGGUGGAAAAUGGUCUCACAGAGCUAGGGUACUCCAAGUCUGACAUUCCUGGACUAGUCAAGGGAACCCUGCCUCAGCAUCGCAUAACAAAGCUAGCACCCAGAGAACAGAGUGAAGAAGACUUGGCUCAGCUCUUUGAAAAUUCUUUCUCGGUCUACUAACCAAGAUUAAGUGUUAAGUCCAUUGUCAGUGCCAUAUGGAAUCUCAUGUCCACUUUUCAAAUAUCGGUUGUGGUUCAUGUGCCUUAUUCUCUCAUCAUGUAUUUUACAUAAGCAGUGCCUGUAUCUUUAAUCUAUAACCUUUUGAACC